AUGAAAGGCAAGACGAGAGUGCUCCAUGACGCUCCACAACUCGAUUCUUUAGUAGUCAAUCAGAAGAAGGUUGCGGAAGUUCGCGCGUGGAUGGCGACACAUUUAAAAAGUGCAUCCAUCCUUAUUUUGACAGGACCUCCCGGUUGUGGGAAGACAACACUUGUAAAGACAAUAGCGAGUGUCGACUCCAUUGUAUUAAAAGAAGUAGAGGAUCAUACCACCUUUAGACUUGAAGAUGAUAAAAAGCCGUUGGACACGAUCGAGAAGCUAAGGCGAUGGAUACUAUGUUCUUCACAAAUGUUUUCGUUAUUUGGAGGAGAUUGGCGAAGGUCGAUUGUGUUGUAUGAGGAAGGAGGAAUUACUGAUUGGUUUGUUGAAGUCUUUGUGGAUUAUGUUCGAUCGGCGAAGAUCCCACUCAUUGUCACCGGCAACGAGUCGAUGAAGAAUAAUAUCAAUAAGUUACUUGACACGGACCCAUUGAAUGAAGACUUUGUAUCAGUCAAACAGUCCAUUACGUAUAUCUCGUUAAAUGCUAUACCACCAACUUCGAUAAAGAAGUGUUUGAAGGGAGUUGUACCGGAGAUGGUAGACACCAUUGUAGAGUCGUGUAAUGGCGACUUACGUGUUGCGCUCAACACAAAACAGAUUGUUGCGACCAACAAAACCUUUGCGAAGGUUGUCGCGAAGAAUGAAGCGGUCAAUUUUUUCCAUUUGAUUGGGAGGAUCAUUCACACGGAACCAAUUAAAAACCAAACGACGAAGCGAUUUGAGUUGAAACAUAGUCCAAGUGAUGUGGCAAGAGAAUUGUGUGGGAGAGAACAUAUCAUGCCUUUAUUGGAACAUAACGCGAUAUCUACAAUCAACGAGUUGAGUCAUGUUGCGUAUGUCGAACACUAUAUGAGUCUCGCAGACGUGUUUCACAACUUUGCUUUUAAUCGCCCAUUUAUGGACUACUCGAUGUGCGCGAUUGCCGUUGGAGCAAUCAUGGUUGUACCAAACAAAAAGAAAAUAAUGCUCGAAGUAAGCGCGUCUGAGGUCAAUCGGUCGAACGUUGCAAUGGCAAAAAAGGGAAUUUUUUGUAUUGAACAAUGUCGACGCUGUUUACUUUACGAAGCUACAAUGUACGCAAGGUGCAACAAUCUACCGAAUUACCCUUUCAAUGUCGAGACAGACACCUUUUGCGCGGAAGUGUUGCCAUUUAUUAACGCUUUACAACAAAAGUCAAAGUUGGCAUUUCCACAUCUUGAAAGUCUUGUGAAGACAGUGAACACACACUCAACACUGUUUCUGUUUGUUUAG